AUGAAAAAUGAAAUAGUCAUAUGCUCAUCUGUUGAAGUGUGUUCAAUAGAUUAUGAUCAAAGAGAAAAUAGAGUUAUAUCACGCGGUUGUGAGAAUAAUUAUGGACCCAAAGUUUAUGUUUAUGAUCGCAAGGAUCAUACAAGAUUAUGUGUUGAAUGUAAUCGUAAUUUAUGCAAUACUGAUGAAGCCAUUUCACAAAUCAAAAUUGUAUUGCAAAAUAAUGGUCUAACAGAUGCUAAUGGAAGACGAAUUGCCAAUGGAAAUAAACAAAUGAUUUCCUCACUAUUAAUGACAUUUGCUUUGAUUUUUAUUAUGUUUUAUUAUUUAUGA